CGGAUCGCUAUAAUACACAUGAUUUACAAAGUUCGUUAACAUGCAGAAAAUUAAACCGGUGUUAAGAAGGAGGCAAAAGAUCAACAUUGUCUCUUGUUUGUGACAAAUAUUUAUGACAAUGGAAAUUACAAAAGUAUGUUUAGAGGAAAAUGUCGAUGCGUGUGGCAGGGAAUUGGCCAUGCAUAGCGAAAAUGGAAAGCAGUACACAAUGUCUCAGAGUGUUAUUCAUUUAAAAGAGGAUAUGACCACGACGAAUCCGAUUAAUGAUCCAGAAAGAACACACAUCUGUACGACAUGCAGCAGAGGGUUCAAAAGUAAUGUAGAUCUACGAAAACAUGUGAGAAUACAUACAGGUGAAAGACCAUAUGCCUGCACUCUUUGUCAAAAGUCGUUCACACAAAGUGGAAACUUGAAAAUGCACAUGAGAGCCCAUACUGGUGACAAACCUUUCAUAUGUGGUAUAUGUGAUCAUCGAUUCGUAAAUAGCAGUCACUUAAAGGCACACGCGAGGAUCCAUACUGGUGAGAAAGUAAAACUACCGUUGAAGCACUUUUGUAGUGAAUGUGGAAAGGGUUUUACAAAUCAUAGGGACCUGAAGAAACACGUGAGAACCCAUACGGGGGAAAAGCCGUAUUCGUGUACAGUAUGUGAGAAAACAUUUGCACAGAACGGCAAUCUCAAUAUUCACAUGAGAAUCCAUACGGGAUAUAAACCGUAUUCUUGUGAUAAAUGUGGCAAACAGUUUGCCACCAAUAGUAAUUAUAAUGUUCAUAUGAAGAUACAUGCCGGUCAAUUUUCACAAUAUUGCUCCGUUUGCAAUAAAGGUUUCACCAAUAACUGUGACUUGCAACAACACAUGAGAAAACACACGGGUGAACAGCCUUUUCAAUGUACUACUUGCGGCGAGCGCUUUAAACGUGAAUUUAACUUAAAGGAACACACCAUGAGGAAACAUACAAAGGAGAAUGUUUACGUCUGUGGAGUUUGUGACAAAGGAUUUGUUCGAAGUACUGAAUUAAAGCUCCAUAUGAGAGGUCACACAGGCGAGAAACCUUUUUCAUGCGAGGUUUGUGGUAAAGAGUUUAGUCAGAACUGUGAUUUGACAAGACACAUUAAAUCUCAUGCUUCCAAGACAGAUGAGAAAUGUAGUAAAUCAUUUGUUAAAAAUAUUGAUUUGAUCAGACAUAUGGAAUAUCAUACAGAAACCACAAACGAAAAUUACAAUGGAAAUAGUCAACACAGUGACUUGACUAGCCUUGUUGAAUCAAAUAGUCAACACAAUGACUUGACUAGAAGUGUGGAAUCAAAUAGUCAACAAAGGGACUUGACUAAACUUAUUGAAUCAAAUAGUCAACACAGUGACUUGACUAAAUUUGUGGAAUCAAAUAUUCAACGCAAUGACUUGACCAGACUUGUAGAAUCAAAUAGUCAACACAAAGACUUGACUAGACUUAUGGAAUCAAAUAGUCAACACGGUGACUUGACUAGACUUGUGGAAUCAAAUAGUCAACACAGGGACUUGUCUAGACUUGUGGAUUCAAAUACUAGUGUCGUAUCAAACAGUAAUUUUGAAUCAGGUUUUAGUCAAAAUGGUAUUGCAAUAGGACAACGUACUUCUCAUACAGAAAAAAGCUGUAAUAAAAAUUCAAUAAGCGAGCUUACCCAGAACAUUAUAUCCCAUCCUAGUGAACAUAACAACACAAUUAAGGAUUUAAAUCAAAGCAAUUGUUUAAACAGCAAUAUAAGACCCGAUACCGACGACAGCUGUACAGAUUAUUGCCAUGAUAGCGAUAUGAACACACCUAAAACAACCCAUGUAGAAGUGGAACGACCUUACGUUUGUACAGUGUGUGACCGAACAUUUCCCGAUAGUAAUCGUUUAAAAUAUCAUGUGAAAUAUCACCUUUCUGUUACAGACCGUAACAUUUGUAGUACAUGUGGUAAAAUAUUCAGUAGUAAGAAUGCUUUAAGAAGACACAUGAUAAUCCAUUCGGAAAGUAAGGAACAGCACCUCACACACAUCUGUAACUACUGCAGUAAACGAUUUUGGAACAAAAGAGAUUUACAGAAGCAUACGAGGACACAUACAGGAGACAAACCAUACACAUGCAAUAUAUGUCAGAAAGCCUUUGCUCAAGAUGGUAACUUAAACGUACACAUGAGGAAGCACACUGGUGAAAAACCGUACAAGUGCAACUUAUGUGAGAAGACAUUUGCGUACCACAGUGGGCUGAAAUAUCACAAGUGGAAGAGGUGUCUUAAAACAACAAGUGUCGAAGCGGUAAGCAUGGACGUAAGUUCUUUAGACAAAGAACGCUUACAUGACAAAAACAGUCAAAUCGAAAAUGACAAUAAACAUCCUCAAGCAGAAUCAGUUGAUCUAAAUCGCUCACAUGUUAAUGAAGCUUGCAACGUAAAGAAUGAAAACAUUGAUCAGUCAGGUGCCUUCAUUAACCCAGAAAUGUUCGAUAAAGGCAAUCAUAUCGAAAAUGACAAUAAACGUCCUCAAGCAGAAUCAGUUGAUCUAAAUCGCUCACUUGUUAAUGUAGCUUGCAACAUAAAGAAUGAAAACAUUGAUCAGUCAGGUGCCUUCAUUAACCCAGAAAUGUUCGAUAAAGGCGAUCAUAUCAAAAAUGACAAUAAACGUCCUCAAGCAGAAUCAGUUGAUCUAAAUCGCUCACAAGUUAAUGUAGCUUGCAACAUAAAGAAUGAAAUCAUUGAUCAGUCAGGUGCCUUCAUUAACCCAGAAAUGUUCGAUAAAGGAAAUCAUAUCGAAAAUGACAAUAAACGUCCUCAAGCAGAAUCAGCUGAUCUAAAUCGCUCACAUGUUAAUGUAGCUUGCAACAUAAAGAAUGAAAACAUUGAUCAGUCAGGUGCCUUCAUUAACCCAGAAAUGUUCGAUAAAGGCAAUCAUGUCGAAAAUGAUAAUAAACGUCCUCAAGCAGAAUCAGUUGAUCUAAAUCGCUCACAUGUUAAUGUAGCUUGCAACAUAAAGAAUGAAAACAUUGAUCAGUCUCGUGCCUUCAUUAAUCCAGAAAUGUUCGAUAAAGGCAAUCGUAUCGAAAAUGACAAUAAACGUCCUCAGGCAAACUCAGUUGGUUUAAAUCAUAGGUUUUUGUAUGAAACCAUUCCUGAUAUUCCCGAAAAACAGCUUUCAAAUAAUCAAACUGAUUCGGAAAUUCCCAAGUUCGAGUGCAAAGUUGAAAUUGGUCAGGGAAAAAAUUCUGAACACAGUAUUGCAUUUCAUGAGAAUUUGUUUGGAGAACAAAUCGGUUCAUUUUCUCAGGAAAUAAAAAAUUGCAUGAAGGAAGAGUCCAACAGGACUAACCAUGAACCGCCCACCAUAACUUAUAAUACGCGUUCACAAAACAGUCGAAUUAGUUAUGAACAAUCACAUCCUUGUAUUAUAACUGGUAGGUGUUGUCUGCACGGUACUGUAUUGAAAUGAUACAAAAAGGAGUUUAGUUACUGAUUGACAGUGACAUUACAACUGGUAGGUGUUGUCUUUUGUGUAAAAAUGAAAUAUAGAAGUGUCUUCACUUCUGUCACUUGCAAAAUAAAAGACUGGAUGAUAUAAUGAUGAA